CGUAGGCAGAAAACUAAAUAAUCGUUCCGUCUAUCCAGCCAGGGUCAUUCCCCGCAUUUCCCUGCCGAGCUUAACGUUCGAAUUCCCCACACUUCUGCGGCCUCACUCUCGGUGGCAUUCCUCUUCUUCAACUUCUUGUUCUUCCCACAUAAUCAUCUCUAUCUAUCAAUGUCUCGCCCUCGUCAUGCACGAUAAGUCCUCUCCAUCAUUCCCCGCGCAAUCCCCGCAGCGGCCACUCCCAAAAGCGCGCGAUGGCUAUUUUCAAUGCGGAUUCUGUAAGAAGCACUACAAUCGGGCAGAUCAUCUAAUUCGACAUGUGCGAUCGCAUACAAGGGAGAAACCAUACGUUUGCCAUGUGUGCAACAAAGGCUUUGCUAGGCCGGACUUGAUGAAGCGACAUGCUGCAGGUCAUGACCACCCCCGAGAUGGAAAGCGAAAACGGCCACCAUCGUAUGCGAAGAGCGGUCGCGUCUCCCAGGCAUGCAAAGCAUGUGCGACGUCCAAGCUCAAGUGCGACGAGGAGAAGCCUUGUCGACGGUGUCGGGAUAAAAAGCUCAUGUGUGAUUGGCAUGAUGGAGGGUUUGAUGAUAUGACGCCGGAUUCACCCGUGCCAGCCUAUGACGAUCCGGAUGGCCAGGACCAGUAUCCCGAUCCACCCCAGGCGCAGACCGCGUUCACCCCGUCGAUACCUCCUUUGGAAGACUUUCCACCUUCUGUCGACAAUCCUCCAUUUGCGACCCCUGACUUCCCUGUGAAUAGUUACCUACCUGAACCGCCCGGUUCGGUCCCUGAAGAUCCUAUGUCGACAGGCUACGAUGCAAUAUCUCCCACCCUUGACCAGGAAAGUGGCGUCUUUAGUGUCGAUGGAACCUUUUUCCCCGAGUUCAUUCCCGACGCUCUCAUACCAUCAUUGUCCCGUCCCAACGACGUGGAUCCAUUCAAUCCACUCAACCAUACGCAAGACAUACACAACCUUUUCGAUAGCCACAUGCAAUUCGAUUUCGAUCUCACCGAUGUUGAUUUUGGACUGAUCGACUACUUCAACACCCAGGGAACCGCACACUUUGCUCCACAGCCCCCUGAUAUGCCCAACGACCGGUCCGAUGUGGAUAGCGGGAUUGCUCUUGGCGCCGAGGCUUACAAGCGGUCGUCGCUAUCUGCCUGGAAGCCUGCACAGGAUGACCACGCCUUUGCCGAUCAGGAUGAUCUGUCAGUCCCAGUGGCUAUCGACAGCCCAGAGUCGAGUGUCAGGCUGGAGCGUCAGAUCCUGCCAGAGAGGCUGGCCUCCGGCAGCCGCGAUCUCAUUUUCGGGAUGGUCUUGCAGACGAGCGAAAAGUCCACAUCGCCUCGCAUAAUGAAGUCGUUUCCGAGUACCGAAUUGUUGGACGGUCUCAUGCAGGACUACUUUGCCUACCAAAGCCACCAACUCGAUUCGUUCAUUCAUGGCCCAACUUUUCACCCGAAUGAACAGAGCCCGGACAUGCUGACCGCUAUCGCUGCAGCUGGUGCCGUGCGGUCGGCCAUCCCGACCAUCCGGAAGCUGGGCUACGCGCUGAUGGAAGUCGCACGGCUACAUAUGUCGGUCAAGUAUGAGUCGGACAACCGCGUCACCCGCGAUCUACGGCCUUCGCAAACAUUCGCCGUGAUCAUCGACAUAGGCCUUUGGAGCGGUAAUGGUCGGAGGACGGAAAUUGCGGAAAGCUUCCAACAACCACUGGUGACGAUGCUACGGCGAGGGCUCCGUUUCCGACGGAGCGUCUACUCGAGUAUCGUUCCAAGCCUCGAUGAUAAUGCCGAAGUGCUGGAUCAAAAAUGGCGUGCUUGGGCGGAGCAGGAGUCAUUCAAGAGACUCGUUCAUCAUCUAUUCCUACAUGACGCCCAAUGCGCCAUGAUGCUGAACAUCAACCCACUCAUUUCUUACGCGGAAUUGGAACUUCCACUUCCAUCCACCCGAUCGCUCUGGGAUGCCAAGUCAGCAACCUCAUGGAGGGAUAGCUACCUCGCACUCGGACUGCUGGGAACGGAGCGACAUCCAUCCCUGGUCGACGCAAUGCGAGACAUGUCCCGAUUACAGGGCGCGAUAGAUACGCAGCUGGCGGGCUCAGUCCUCCUACACGGCUUUUCUUCCAUGAUUAACGAGUAUCAUCGCUUUAACUUUAUUUCAAAAGGCAGUUCCAAGCAUUGGAAUGCAUUGGUGACCAACUCACGACAUCAGGAACUGUCACAAGCCCUGCAACACUUUCGCAUGGUUUGCUACGAGUGGCCUGACCUGCCCCGUCCGGAGGUAUUCUUGAUAUACGAGAUGAUCUCGAUGUUCUUAUACAUGUCUCUGGAGGACUUGCAACUCUUUGCCGGAAAGGAGGACAAAAGGGAGGCCCGCAGAGUCUACAACAGUGCGCUUGAAUGGAUCAAUAGCAUUGACUCUCGGCGAGCAGUGUGGCAUGCCGGCCAGGUCAUCCGAGCUGCCAAAGCCAUGCCCGCGGGGUCGCUGACGGGCUUUUUGGCAGUUGGGGUAUACUACGCCAGCUUGGCUUUUUGGUCUUACAGCGUGGUGUUCAAAGCGAAGAACAAUAAAAUGGCAGCAGAGAGUCGUCCCUUGGGUCCCCCGCCGGUCCGCGGCCCAAUAGUCUACCUCGAUGGAGACGAGACGACCGACGUGCAAAAGUUCAUUUCACUUGGAUGUGGAAGCCCAGCACUACAGGGCCGACAGGGGCCAGCAUUUAUUUCCAAUCCAGGACAGACAAUGGACCUUGCACAGGAGCUUCUGCGGGCGGAUGCCUCCCAAGAUGCGCUCCCUCCUUUGGUUCAGGGAUUGCGCCAGCUGAUGGGGGGUCUUGGGAAUGCCGCUAGAUCAAGCCCUUAGGGAUUAGCUUGUAUAUUUAGAUACCAUGUAAUGUUAUCUUGGCCUAGGCCGUCCACC